UAUUGGCAUAUAAAGUUUAAGAAGUUUUUAUAUAUUCAACUUUUAAAGAUUUGAAGCUUGAUGCGUGCUGUAAUCCAACGUGUUAGGGCCGCCAAAGUCACGGUUCUGGAUGACCUGGUAUCUAAUAUUGGACCUGGACUCUGUGUGCUUGUGGGCAUCAAGUCCAGCGAUACGCUAACAGAUGUAGAAUAUCUCGUGCGUAAGAUUCUCGCACUGCGGCUGUUCGAGAAUGAAGGAAAACGUUGGCAAAUGUCUGUCAAGGACUUACAGCUGGAAGUUCUGUGUGUAUCCCAAUUCACAUUAUAUCAUCUAUUGAAGGGCAACAAACCAGACUUCUCUGCGGCCAUGAAAGGAGAUGAUGCAGAGCAGCUCUAUAAUCAUUUUUUGAAUCGACUGCGUCAGUCAUACGAUUCCAGCAAAAUCCAAGAUGGAAAGUUUGGUGCUUAUAUGCAAGUACACAUAGAGAAUGAUGGCCCCGUUACCAUUGAAUUGGAGUCACCACAACCGAAGCAGUCCGAAGAAUGUGUAGAUAAAUAGAAAUGGUAGUUGUUA